GCAACUUAGAGAAGGCCGUGACCUAGGCUAGCCGUGCCAGGUAUAUAAGCCCCACGAGGACCUUACACUUCACUCACACCACCACACAACCACCAUGUACAAGCUUGCUUUGAUCGCCCUCUUCAUCGCCUCGGCUUCGGCCUACGCCCCCGUGGCUCCCCUGGCCUACGCCCACGCUCCCGUAGCCGUGGCUCACGCCCCCGUGGCCACCUCAUACGCUAACACCUACAAGGUCUCCACCUCCGUCCACGCUCCCGCCGUCUACGCUGCCCAUGCUCCCGUCGUCGCCGCCCCCGCAUACAAGGCUUACGCCCCUGCCUACGCCCCCGCCUACGCUCCCGUCGCCCCCGUAGUCAAGGCCUACGCCGCACCCGCCUACGCUCCUGCCUACGCCCCCGCUGUCGUCGCCCCCGCUUACAAGGCUUACGCCCCCGCCGUUGUUGCCCCCGCUCACGCUCCCCUGAGCUACGGUUACGCCGCCCCCGCUUAUGGAUACGGCAAGGCUUACGGCUACGGAUACUACCACUAAACCAAAAUCCACCUUAGGAAAUUAUUUUUAUACAAAAUGAAAGAGUUGGCUGGGUUUAUAUUUUAAUAAAUCUGUUCAACGAA